CAAUAUAAAGUUUUUCUCAUUCUUACCUUCAACAUUUCAGACUCAUAAGAAGUCUUCAAAAAUUUCCCCCCCAAAAUGUGGGAGGGUAGAAGAAUAUGUUUUCCCCUUGAAGACUCUUUUCUUUCUGUUGUUUUAAGUUAGUUGCCACCAGAUGUGGGAGCCACUCCUUUUUGCUUCACUGGUUCUUAAGUUUCUAGGCAAAGGGAGAAAUGAAUCUAGUUAAGACAAGUACUUGGGGAACCAAUGCUGCUGCUUCCUGGCUUUUGGAAUUCACUGUCUUUCUGCUGCUUAGUCAGAAUUAUUGCAAAGCAAGUGCAAUUUGGACUGCCUACAUGAACAUAUCAUUUCAUGUGGGGAACCGGAUGUUAUCUGAGUUGGGGGAAACUGGGGUGUUUGGAAGAGGCUCCAUUUUGAAGAGGGUAGCUGGAGUUGUAGUGCCACCGGAGGGAAGGAACCAAAAUGCCUGUAAUCCCUUGACCAAUUUCAGCAAACCCAAAGAAUCAGAAAUGUGGCUUGCCCUCAUAGAGCGGGGUGGUUGUACUUUCACACAGAAAAUAAAAAUAGCAGCAGAAAAAGGAGCCAAUGGGGUGAUCAUCUACAAUGUUGCAGGAACUGGCAACCAAGUGUUUCCCAUGUCUCACCAAGGAAUUGGAGAUAUUGUUGCAGUAAUGAUUGGCAACUUAAAAGGCACAGAGAUUUUGCAUUUGAUUCAGAAGGGAGUUCAUGUAACUGUUAUGAUCGAGGUGGGCAGAAAGCAUAUCAUCUGGAUGAACCACUACUUUGUGUCUUUUGUUAUCAUCACAACUGCUACCUUGGCCUACUUCAUUUUCUAUUAUAUUCGAAGACUCUGGGUAGCAAGGAUUCGAAAUAGAAGAUGGCAACGGUUAACAACAGAUCUUAAGAAAGCUUUUGGACAGCUCCAUCUGCGUGUUUUAAAAGAAGGGGAUGAGGAAACGAAUCCAAAUGGGGACAGCUGUGUUGUGUGCUUUGAAGCAUACAAGCCCAAUGAUAUCGUGCGUAUACUAACUUGUAAACAUUUUUUCCACAAAAAUUGCAUUGACCCCUGGAUUCUGGCCCAUGGCAACUGCCCCAUGUGCAAAUGUGACAUUCUCAAAGCUCUAGGGAUUGAGGUGGAUGUUGAAGAAGGGGCUGAAUCUUUCCAAGUCUUAAUGUCAAAUGAAUCACCUAUUGCCAGAUCACCUAAUGAAGAGAGUUCUGGAAAUGACCACCGUUCUGUAAGAAGAUCAGAUAAAGUGACCCAUGGGGAAGAAUCCUCUUCUUCAGGAAAUGAUAAUCAGUCUAGUUCUGUAUCAGUAGAUGUUCAUCCUUCACCUUGACAGCAUGCCCUUUUGAAGAAGUGGAUUAAACUUGUGUUUAUCAAA